UUCACCAAAGCAAAGCAAAUGAUUUUUAUUUUUAUGAGUUGAAACAAAAGCAAGAGUUUGAUUGAGUUGUGUUUUGUGUUGUGUCCUAAACUAAACACUACUAAACUAAAACAAACAACAACAUAGGCAGUCACAGAUCACAACAACGCUGCUCAGUAGAGCUAAAUAUGAGAUGAGAUCACCCUUCUUCUUCUUCUUCUUCUUCUUCUACUCAACCCAUAAACAUGAGAGGCACUUCUUCCAAUCCUGUUGAGCCCAGACUUCGUUUGUCUGCUUCAUACAAUGAAGACACAAACAAAAAAAGACCCCAAAGAAAUAGAGUUUUUGGACAUUUUGAGAAAGCAUUCCGAAUUCCUGUACAAGAUAGGAAUUUGAACUACAAACCUACAUUGAAAGUUGUACUUGUCAUCAUACUGCUCGGAACUUUUGUGACGCUUUUCCUUGCUCCUGCAGUUUAUAACACAGAACAUCUAUCACAUUCACUGUCCCGGCCUAAUUACAUAGAGAGAUGGGUUGGAGAGAGCAAUGCUGCAGAUUUACGUUAUGUUUCAUCAUUAGACAUCAAUUGGGAUCAAAUUUCAGAUGUCUUAGAGAAGCUGACUGAACGAGAUACAUACAAGGGAAUUGGCCUUUUGAACUUUAAUAAAAGUGAGAUUGUGCAAUGGAACGAGCUGAUACCUGAUGCUGAGCAUGUAGUUCUGCAUCUCGACCAUGUUUCACGCAACACAACAUGGGAGUCUUUGUACCCCGAAUGGAUCGAUGAAGAAGAAGAUUUUGACUUUCCCACUUGUCCUUAUGUCCCCAGGAUCCAAGUUCCUGGAAAGCCUAGGCUUGAUCUUAUCGCUGUCAAGCUCCCUUGCGACAAGUCAGGGAGGUGGUCGAGAGAUGUGGCUCGUUUGCAUUUGCAACUAGAAGCAGCAAGGCUUGCUUCAUCGGCCAAAGGGUAUCAUUCGGUUCAUGUGCUUUUUGUGACCGAGUGCUUUCCAAUCCCGAAUCUGUUUACUUGUAAAGAUCUAGUCACACGAGAAGGGAAUGCCUGGCUGUAUGAACCAGAUCGUAAUAAAUUGAGGGAUAAGGUUCAGCUCCCAGUUGGGUCAUGUGAACUUUCAGUUCCUCUUAAUACUAAAGAGAACUUUCAUUCGGAAAGAGCGCCCCGAGAAGCAUAUGCUACAAUCCUUCACUCCGCCCAUGUGUAUGUUUGUGGAGCCAUUGUUGCAGCACAGAGUAUUCGAAUGGCUGGUUCAACCCGAGAUCUUGUGAUACUUGUUGAUGAUACAAUUAGUGACUAUCACCGAGGAGGGUUAGAGGCAGCCGGUUGGAAGAUUCACACAAUCCAAAGGAUUAGGAACCCGAAAGCUGAACCAGAGGCAUACAACGAGUGGAACUACAGCAAGUUUCGCCUUUGGCAGUUGACGGAUUAUGACAAGAUUAUUUUCAUUGAUGCUGACUUGCUUAUUCUUAGGAACAUUGAUUUCUUGUUUGAGAUGCCCGAAAUAUCAGCCAUUGGAAACAAUGCUACUCUAUUUAACUCAGGUGUUAUGGUUAUUGAACCAUCAAAUUGUACAUUUCAGCUGUUAAUGGAUCACAUCAAUGAAAUUGUGUCCUACAAUGGUGGGGACCAAGGAUACCUUAAUGAGAUCUUUACAUGGUGGCAUAGGAUCCCAAAACACAUGAACUUCUUAAAACACUACUGGGAAGGCGAUGAGCCCGAGAAAAAGGAAACAAAAACUCGACUCUUCGGUGCUGAUCCACCAAUUCUUUAUGUCAUACACUAUCUGGGAAACAAGCCGUGGAUCUGUUUCCGAGACUAUGACUGCAACUGGAACGUUGACAUUCUACAGGAGUUCGCGAGCGAUGUUGCACACAAAACAUGGUGGAAAGUUCACGACGCCAUGCCAGAAAACUUGCACAAGUACUGCUUACUUCGGUCGAAGCAGAAAGCAGCGUUGGAGUGGGAUCGAAGGCAGGCCGAGAAAGCAAAUUACACAGACGGUCACUGGAAGAUUAAGAUCAAGGACACGCGUUUGAAAGCGUGUUUCGAGGAAUUCUGUUUCUGGGAGAGCAUGUUGUGGCAUUGGGGUGAGAAGAAUUGGACAGACAAUGCAACUGCUACACCAGCAUUGCCUGGAGUUACUACUACAGCAUCACUCACUUCAUAAUUUUUUUUCUUCUUUACAUUACUCUCAUACUUGUACACUUUAAUUUAGGGGAUACAGUUCAUUAUGUUUUUCAUUCUUGAGAUGUCAUAAAUAGUAUUUAUUAUAUGUCAUAAUAUUUAUUUACACUCAAUUUUUUGUUAUUCAAUAUAAGUGGCAGAGGUUUUGGAUA